AUGAAGCCUCUGCUUGGAAACUUGUACCUCCCGAGGUUGCUGGUUCCUGGGGAGCUGGAAUAUGACAGGUGAGUGUGAAGCUGGAGGAGGGAAGCUGUGGAUAAUGUAGUGAGCCCAUGGAGGAUUCUGGAGACAUAUUCCUAUAACAGAUACCACCCCAUGGGGGAGAUCUAUCAGUGGAUGAGUGAGAUAAGGGAGAAGUACACGGAAGUGGUGACGUAGCAUUUCCUAGGAAUGACCUAUGAGAGCCGGCCCAUGUAUUAUUUGAAGAUCAGCCAACCAUCCAAUAACCCCAAGAAGAUUAUCUGGAUGGACUGUGGAAUUCAUGCCAGGGAAUGGAUUGCCCCUGCUUUUUGCCAGUGGUCUGUGAAAGAAUAAAUUCUACAGAACUAUAAAGACAACUCAAGGAUAAGAAGUCUCCUUAAAAACCUGGACUUCUAUGUGCUUCCGGUUCUUAACAUAGAUGGUUACAUCUAUACUUGGACAACGGAUCGGCUUUGGAGGAAAUCCCAUUCAUCCCAUAAUAAUGGCAUGUGUUUUGGGACAGAUCUCAAUAGAAAUUUCGAUGCAUCUGGUGUAGUUAAGUACAUGCUUCGUAUUGGUGCAUCUCACAACUGCCAAGAUUUAACAUUCUGUGGGACAGGACCCAUGUCUGAACCAGAGACUAAAGUUGUUUCCAGCUUUAUCGAGAGCAGGAAGGAGAACAUUGCCUGCUUCCUGACCAUGCACUCUUACGGGCAGCUCAUCCUCAUGCCUUAUGGCUACACCAAAAAUAAAUCAAGUAACCAUGAAGAACUGAUCCAAGUUGGACAGAAGGCAGCAAAUGCAUUGAAAGCAAAGCAUGGAACCAAUUAUAGAGUUGGAUCUAGUGCAGAUAUUUUAUAUGCCAUUUCAGGGUUUUCAUGAGACUGGGCUUGGGACAUUGGGAUCCCCUUCUCAUAUGCAUUUGAGCUGAGGGACAUGGGUACAUAUGGGUUUGUCCUGCCAGAAACUCAGAUUCAGGCCACCUGCGAGGAAACCGUGGAGGCUGUGCUUUCAGUCCUGGAUAAUGUGUAUGAGAAAUACUGGUAUUCAAACAGUGCUGGAAAGGUGACAUCUACUGCUGUGGUGCUGAGCUUGCUGAUGUCCUUCAUGUUUCUUCUGUAG